UGGAUACUUCCAGAAGUGUUUGGUACGGGGAAAGGACAGCCUUGAUGGUCGUAGCCCAGCAGGAGUGGUCGUAGGUGGGGAAGGGUCGAACCGCCGACUGCCACCACAACCACAACCACCUUCGGUUUACUUCAGGGCUCUGGAAAUACCAAAGAUGGACAUGUCCUUAAUCCUUCUCUUCCUCAAGCCAGUGUGUGUUUCCUCCAUGCUGCGUUGCUGUUGCCUGGCUUGUCUGUCAGCUGCAGGGGGAUUCAAUAUCGUGUGGUGUUGAGAAACGCACACACUGAACACAGCUGGAGUUCAGCUUCUCUCUUCUGUGCUGAAGGAUGGAUUCAGGGGAAGGCGAGUGCACACAUUUCCUGCAGUACGCGGAGGACAGUGGUCUGAGGGCGUAUGACGAGCUGGUUAUCCAGAACGCCUCUGACAUCGCCAGGGAGAGCGAUCGCGUCCGCAACCACACACAGUGGACAUACCUCCAGGAGAAAAACCAGAAGAAGAGACGGCAGGAAGAAGCUAUCAAGAGGAUUGGCGAGGAUGUGGCCCGUGUGACAGAAGGAGGGGGAUACGCAGGCAAACACUUUCGUAUGGGCUUCAUGACGAUGCCGGCCCCUCAGGACCGUGUUCCUUCUUCCUGUGGGCCAGGAUUCACCGUACGCUCACAGUCUCUGCACUCAGUGGGAGGGGGAGAGGAGGAUGAAGGAAGUCCCACCUCGAGAAAACAACCCCCGCCUAAACCCAGACGAGAUCCCAACACCAAACUCAGCACCUCCUCUGAGACCGUCAACACUGUGCUCAGCACUGGGAAGAGCGGGACGGAAACAUGUGGAAAGUGUGACGGUAAAUAUGUGUGUGCACACAAUACACUAAUGCUUUUAGCUACUGUAUGCAAGCUUGAUUUUGUGUUUGAAAUGUGUCAGAACAUAAUUCAGAAUGCAAUGCAAUUGAUCAUAUACACAUCGAAAUCGCAGCCCUGCAGUGAGGAGUACCGUCGCAUGCCUCCACCCAAACCCAAACGCAACCCCAACACCCAGCUCAGCACAUCCUUUGACGAGUCUUACUUUCAAAACCACGGCAGCAAAGCUAAGUCUGCCUCUCUGCCGCGUCAACACAAAAAGAAGUCGGCAUCUCAGAAUCAAAGCCCUGCCCCCGACACUGAUGAUGAGGCAGAGCCUGUUUAUAUAGAAAUGGUGGGGAACAUCUUACGAGACUUUAGUCGAAUUGCCGGCGCUAAUGGCGACGAAGAGGAUGACCAAGAUGAAAGUGUGUAUGAGGAGAUGAAAUAUCCUGCCUUCGAUGAUUUACCUUCAUCUUUAGACCACUUACAGUCACGAUGGGAGCAAUGUCCCACUGCUUUGGUGCCGGAAGUCGAACUAACACGACCCACCACUCCACGUGGUUCAUUGUGUGACAUUCCCGCCCCAUUCCCGAAUCUGCUUUCCCAUCGACCUCCUCUAUUAGUAUUUCCACCUGCACCAGCCCAGUGUUCCCCCAACUCUGACGAAUCCCCUCUUACUCCAUUAGAUGUCACCAAACUGCCCAUGUUGGAGAAUGUCGGAUAUGGGAAAUCUGGUGCAUCCCCAACUAGUGCCGAGCCUGGACCACAGCUGGAGGUGCAGCAGGUGUCUGGUAAACACCACCACCACCAUAAACAUCAUCAUAAGAAGUCUGCAGAGACUAAGGAGCAGCAAACAAUCACAGCAUCAGGACGAUCAUCUGCUCCUCCUCUGCCAUCUGCGCUUUAUAAAAGUGACGGGUCAUCCGCAGCACACGGUUACCCAAGGAGCCACUCCGCCUGCCCAUCCCCCGUCAGUAUGGGUCGCGCAUUAACGCCGCUCACGCUGAAGCGCCCCCCACCAUACGACGCUCUCAUGACCGGGACAAUUCCUCGCAGCGCAUCUGGAGUUCCACAUGGAUCACGUGAAAGUGGACGGCUCUCGAAUUCAUCCAGUGUGCAUGGAGGGUCCAUGCAAAACGUCUCCACUGCUUCGGGUUCAAGCUCAGGGUCGGGAGGUCGAGGCAGUCGUACACCGACCAGUCCUUUGGAUGAUCUCAGCAACUUGUUCUCUUCCGGACGUAACAUGUUGAAGAAAGGUUCUGGAAACCGCAAGAGUAAGGAGUCAGUAGAUGGUGAAAGUAAAGGCAGAAGUGACAGCAGGGACAGAGCCCUUCGCAGCUCUUCUCCGAAAUCACAGGAUUGGGAAACGCCCACAGGACAAUCAGCCACGCCCACAGCCACACCCAGUCGCUUUGGCCACUCCUCCAUUAGCCCGACCACCAUGCUUGGAGAAACAAAAGCCGGGUGUAAACUUGGUCGCUCUGCAUCCACAUCAGGAGUCCCCUCCCCUGUUGGAACGCCUCAGAGACAUGCCCCCGAUGCCUCCGCCCAUCCAUGCGGGACUCCGUUCCAGAUGCCCCCAAUGCCCUGGGCAUGUGGGGACAGCACCAUGAUGGAGACGAUCGAGAAGAAACGUCAUCUGUGCAAGGAGAUAAAAGCCAGACAGAGACCUUCAGACAAAGCCCUGUGCAAACAGGACAGCAUGCCCAUCCUGCCCAGCUGGAAGAAGACCAACGGGGGCAAGAAAUUCGGGCCCCCUCCGUAUUCCACCCAAACCACUGUCUUCUGGGACACUGCUAUAUAAAUGGUGACCAGCGAAUUACAGCCAUGGAGACAAAUAGAAGCUAGAAGGAAGAAGGACCAUGCAAAAUACACAGUGAAGGAUUAUCAAAUCUCCCUGGUUUCCUAUAACUGUUUAUAUUUGAUAUUUUUAUAUUGGAGAUAACUGUCUGAAUAUUAAAUAUUAUUAGCGGUUUUAUAAAGAGGAAUCGUCCAAAUCGGAUCUAAGAGUGAAAAUAGUACUUUUACCCGUGAGAUGAUAUUUGUCCUCUUGGAAAUGGUAUUUCUAUUUAUUUUUAUCUUUUUUGGGGGGUGUUUCUAUAUUUGGCACUCAUCUGUGUGUCUGGGGAAAUAAUCUAUAAUGUGUGGUGAAAUAUGUGCAGUAAGUCCAUUGAGAAAACACAUUGAUUUUGAUGCCUAUGCAUUUGGUUAGACGGCAUGAACGGCACUUUUGUUCAUUGUCUGUUUUUCAUAUGGAGAGUUUAUUUGAAAAUAAUAUAUUUUUUGGUGUCUGUACUUUAAAUGUUGGAUCUUGAGGUGUCAGGCUAUGUUAUUUUUUUUUUUUUUUUUACUUUUGGGCUGCACUUGAAGGUGAUCAGCUGGAUUUUGAGAUAUCAGUUGGGUCUGAUUAGUCGAAGUAGAUUAUUAAAUAAUUGGGUUGGAGAUUGGGCAGUUGGUCAGAUAUUGAGCAUAGAGUCUGAUAAACUGAGGGCACUUUCUGUUUAGUGAGGUCAGCUGGUGCAUUCAGUUGUGAGCACUGUAAACUCACAAACACACACUAAUAUCAGCUGCUUUAUGGAAUAACAUUUGGUGCUGUUCAACAACUUUCUUGAAUGUUCAGUCUUAACAGCUACAUGACAUCUGCAUGGGCAGUUCGCAUAUAUUCAAUAGGUUUGCAAAUGAUCAGGGACUGAUUGAUGGAAAUUCAUAAAUCUGGUCCUCUACCAUGUCAGAAAACAUCUUGAAUACAGACACUGUACUUUUAUGAAGCACUAUGCAGACAUACUGUCAGUUUACAUGCUCAUAUACCACUGUGACACGAGUCAGGGCAGGAAAUAUGGUACUAAGAAGGCUAAGAAAGAAAAGACCACAUAGACUCUGCUUAGAUGCUGUGUAUCAAGACUACAUCCAUAGCUUUACCAAGCAAUCAAAGAGCC